UUAGGGGCAUUAGGGUUUGUUUGACGUUUGAAAAGUUUCUCUUUUUUCAUUGUUUCGCUUAAAUGAGUAAAUAUGUUUGAAUUUUUGUUUUAAUGUUUUGUUUUCAGAAUAAGACUUAACGUAAUAGAAUGUCUUAUUAACGGUUGCCUAAGUUUGUCUAUGAAAGUGUUCGUUUUAUAUUGACGACUAUUAAGUCCGGACUGUAAAAGAUGUUGUCCAAUUUUGACAUAGAAUUUAUUACCGAAAUGUUUUUAGACAACGAUAGUACUUCUACAUUAAAUAGAUUAACAGUUGCUGUUGCGGAUACUGUCGUUGAAAAUAGUGAAAAUAUUGAUAUGUUAACUGACCUCUUGUACAAAGAGCACCCUCAUUCAUUGCCUACCUACAAUUCACCAGUAGCACGAAAACGCAGAAAAGUAUACUAUGACGAGACUGUACAAAAUUUUACCGAUGAAGAAUUCUUCGAGAAGUUUAAAAUAAAAAGGAGCACUGCUGAGGCACUGGUAAACUUUCUGAAGGACUUUGUCAAGCCUGGUAGUAGUACUAUUGUACCCCUCGAAAAGAAAGUUCAUGUGUUUCUGUGGCUCUUGACAAGUGAUUCAUCUUACAGUGAGAUUGGUGCUCUGUUUGGCUUGCACAAAUCAUCCAUUUCCUAUGUUUUUCAUGAAAUUGCAACACUAUUAGCUGAGCAGAGAUAUAAUUUCAUUAACUGGCCAUCUAUGGAAGAGCAACACAUAACUAGGAUAAAAGUAAAUAGUUGCUUUAAAUUUCCCAACUGUGUGGGAUUCAUUGAUGUCUGUCGUUUUAAGGUUGGCUCAAAGAGAAAUAAGAAAGAUAAACCUGAUACUAUUUUGUUGCAAGCAGUCUGUGAUGAAACUCUUGCAUUUAUUGAUAUUCAUGUGGGGGAUAUAGGUACAACCAAGAAAAACAGAGUCUUCAAAGAGAGUCAACUAUCACAAGAGCUUAAGAAUUUUGUGGAAUUUGACAACCAUAUUUUAGGAGACACUGAAUACAAAUUGAGAAAGAAUUUAAUCACACCAUUUACCAGUGAUGAAGUCCUGACACGGGAGGAGAUGAAAUUCAAUGAAGUUCACUGGAAAGCUCGCAGCUACAUUGGUCAUGCUUUUGAACUGUUGAAGGACAAGUUCAGGAAAUUGAAUCAUAUUGACAUCAAUAAACCAGAGGCUGUGAAGACUUUGCUGUGCGCUGCUUGUGUCCUGCACAACUUUAUUUUGCUGCAUGAAGGCACCCCACUAAUUAAAGAGGAAUCAGUCACAUGUGAUGAUGGAGUCACUAUAGACCCUCAGAUUGUUACAACAGCAGAGGAGAAGAGGCAGUUUCUAUGUAACUACAUAAACUAUAUUGACACCACUUGAUUGGAUGAGUGGGACUGUGGUAGUGCUCACAGCUAGCAGCUGAACUACAGGUAUAAAGAAAACAAUUCAUAUAUUGUAAUAAUACUUAUAUUUUCUCCACUAUUAUGGAAAUUGAUAAAAUUGCUAAGUAUUAAAUUGAUUUAUUAUAAUAUAAAAAAUAUAAAUAAAAUGUAUUCUUGAAUUAGGAUUGUAUAAUGAAUUUGGGCUGAAUGUACAUAAUGAGUGAUACUUUGCAAUGACAGCACACUAGAAAUACACAAUCUAAACUUCCCUAAAUUAUUUACCAUCAGGUAAAUAAAUCAAAAUAAAGUGAUAUGAUGAAAACAA